UUGUGAUGCUCAUCACUGCACUUCUUAGGUAUAUGGGACUGUAUGUCUUCCCAAGAUACUAUGAGUUGGGUGAGACAUCAGAUCACGGAGCGAAAAUCGUUGCAACAGAUUUGCGAAGAUUGCAUGACCCGCUGUCUUUCUCCCGAUUCCGAUGUUGCUGGUGGUGUCGGAUGUGAUAACAUGACGAUCCUAAUCGUUGCGCUUCUUCACGGGCGAACCUUGGAUCAAUGGUACGAUUGGAUCAUUGAUCGGGUGGAGAAGAAAGUCGGUUACGACACCCCACGCUCCUUCGGCCCGCUGUACUCAGCUUCCCGUUAUGCACAUGCUGCAGCGGUACGCAGCGGUCUUGGCGAGGAUUCGCCUGGACACACACCUUUGUUACGACCCAGUGGAUUGUGGAACCGAUUUAAUUCCCCUCUCCAUCUUGGAAACAGUUUCACGGGUGGGGGUCUCGGUGCUGGGAACGAUGUCGAGCCCGAUGACGAAGAAGAUUUUGAGGACAGUGGUGAUGAACUCAUGGAUGAGAGCCCGGAGGAGUCGUUACAUGCUAUACUCCGCAACGCAGGUUUGAAUGGGGUCAUUAGUGGCCCGGUGAGGCUUCAUGCUCCGCCUCAGCGGGAUCAGACAUCUUCGCUCCGGGCGCAGCUACAUGAACUUGACGAAGAUAGGGGUGGACAAGAGGGGGAUGGUGCCCUGGUGGAAGAUGACCUGUCGCAAGCAUCAAGCGACGAUCAAAGCCCCGUUCUUAACAUUGCAUCCAAUACCAUCACCAAUCGCCAGCCGACUAGUAUUGGAUCGCCUCUCAUCGCAGCCCCUCCUUCAUUGAAAGAUAUGCGUUCCCCCAUUACCCCAAAUAAUGAGCAGGGCGGGCCUCAGUCCCCGCGCAAGAGCUCACUUCCGCCGGGUGCGAAUCCGGGCAACCAAUCCUAGUAGCUUUGGGACCUUACACGCCGAGUGCUGCUGUCAAGUGGAAGAUCUAAUGGAUACGACCAAGGCGCCUAUCGGAUGUGGAAGUCUUUCAGGCCAAGCAUUUCUUCGUAAUCCCUACAAUGACACACACGUCCCCUUCUAGUGUUUUCCUCGCGCUCGCUGCUUCCUCUUUCCACACUCUACUCCUAAUCAUUCUUCUAGUCGUGCAAUCGGUGCAUUGGACCCCCCAUGCAUGGUGAAUGAAAGCAUAAUA